AUGAAUCCCAGUCGAAUUGUGGAGUUAGCAACACGCAUUCAAGGACUGACGAAAGAGAUCGACAGUCAUCUACGAGAGAAUAACCUCCCGGCUCCUAGUUUUGAAGAAAACGGUCCCGUUGAGCUGGGCCUCUCGGGACACAUGUUAUCAGCCCGCGAAGAAGUCUUGUCGUCCACUCUUGAGCUUCACGACCUUUUCUUGGGGCCGUCAAAUUGCCUGCGUCCGGUGUUGAAUGGAGUCAGCCUGCAGGCAAUCUACAGAUUCGACAUCGCUCGCCAUGUUCCCGUGAACGGAGAAAUCUCUUUCAGAGAGCUCGCUGAGAAAUGUGGAUUCGACGAGGCCAACUUGCGUCGCACAUUGCGAUUUGCCAUGGCUUACCAUCAUGUCUUCCACGAGCCCCGCAAGGGCUUUGUCGCUCACACCGCGGCCUCACGCAGGCUGGUAGAUGAUCCCACCGUACGCGCUGGGCUCGGGUACAUGUUUGAAGAGGUCUGGCAGGGAUUUGCCCACAAGGGCAAUGUCAGCAGCCUGGUAGCCCAGGACUACCCCGAGCUCCAGUUCAUCGUCCAGGACCUGCCGAGUAUGAUCGUCGGCGCAGCGGAGAGUCUGCCAAAUGAGGUGCGGGACAGAAUGUCAUUUCAGGCGCACGACUUCUUCACACCGCAACCCGUGCGGGCCGAUGCGUAUCUGUUCCGGAACAUCUUCCCCAACUGGUCGGACUCGCCUGGCGUCCGGAUUCUUCAGGCGCUGAUUCCUGCCUUGCGGCCCGGAGCUUGGAUUAUCGUGAACGACUACCUGCUCCCUGAGCCAGGGUUACUCUCCCUGGUUAAGGAGCGUGCUGUCCGGAACAUGGACAUGAUCAUGUUUACACUCUCCAACUCCAGGGAGCGAAAAGAGGCGGACUGGGUUGAGUUGUUCCGGAAGGCUGAUUCUCGCUUUGCCAAUUGA